UUCCGAAUGCACUGUAAAUGUGAGAGUAAUCUCUCGUGGGCAGACGCACGUAACAUAACUGUUUUUGGCAGCAUCUGUCAACAAAGCGUGUGAUGCAAAAUCUAAAGAGGAAUUUUAUUCCAGUAAGCAGAUUUUUUGUCACUGGUCAUUUGGACUAAUCAUGAUUUCCAAGGUGCUCGCAUCUUUCGAAUUUUGGCCCCUAGAUUUGCCUGUAACUUGCAAAAGAAGGGGGUUGGAGCUAUCACCCUGCUUCCACUGGUUCAAUCUUCAACCUGUGCAGGCUCCGGGCAAAGACCAAUACACAAGAACAUUUUGGCCAUAAGGCCCUCUUUGCCGACGAUUGUACCUCAACGGAUCUACCUCAACGUAUCUGAGCUCCGGAAUAUCGACCAUGUAAGAUACAUGGGGAACACCAUCUCUGAAGAUGGCUCACUUGACCAAGAAAUAACAAGCAGAAUCCUGCUCAAGCCAGUCAUUGGGAGGACUGAGGAACAGGAUACUCAACAUCACACCAUCCCUCUUUCCACAAAACUGAAAAUCUAUACUAUGCUAGUGAUCACAACCCUGCUGUAUGGCUGUGAAACUUGGACCCUGAACAAUCCCCACAUCAAACAGCUUGAAACAUUCCAUACACAAUCUCUGAGAUCUAUUAUGCGUAUCCGAUGGCAAGACAAGGUCUUAUACUUGGAGGUAAUGCAAAGAGCAAACAGCAUAAAGGCACAGCUCCGAUGGACUGGCCACACCAUCAGGAUGCCCCAACAACAAAGGAUUUUCUUUGACGAGCUGCAGCAGGGGCAUUGAAAGACAGGCCAGCCCAAAAAGUGCUUAAAAGACAACCAGCAAUAGGCACCUUCGAGCGAGAUAAAAACAAUCAUCUAAUUGAAGCCAGAGAAAAGUGUCAUUACUGCACAACCGGGCCAACAACACCAACAGAAGAACUGCAUUUCAAAACUUGGACUCCUGAGCCACUCAAGAACCCACAAUAAACCAAAGUGACGUGCACAAGAUGUAAUUAUCCUAACCGAUGGAGUCCCAGAGAGAGAGAGAGACAUGGGAGAGUGGUACGUUCCUAUAAACAUGAAAUGAUCAUGUGUUGAGUCUCUCGAUUUUCACAUUUCUCUGGCGAUAGCAUGCAUUGGCUCCCACAGAUAUAGAAUUGCACAAUAGUGGAAAAGCAGCUAUUGAUAGAUUCUUAUGCAUUACAGAUUUUGAAUGCUGUGCUGUUAAAAACAUUGAACAUAUUUCAAUUUUGUAUUCCCAGAGAGGGAAAAAAGGCAGUGGAUACCAUAAAGUAGUGAAGACUUUAUGCAAGAAUGGCGGCGUGUACAAACCAAAAGGGAAAAGGGAAAGGAGAAAGGAAAUAAACCUUAAUGACAGUUUAGCUUCAUGUAUGAUCAAGCUCAUUGAUGAAGAGUUUAAGACAUAUUUCCCAAAUGAGGGCAAACGUGGCCCAAUCAGGGAGCAGAUUGAUACAUUCAGCCUUGACACAAACAGUUUGUUUGGGAAGCACCCAGAAAUGUCACUGCAUUUGAUAUUCCUCAAGACAGAGGAUCACAUCGUGAUGCAGCUGAAGUGUAAACUACAAGAAUCCAUGGAUCUCUCACUCAAGACCCCCAACAGCUCGUUUCUCCCAGAUGAUGUCACUGUGGAGUACAACAAGAUGAAGAUGUACUAUGAGAAACUGAUGGGUUGCUCUAGUACAGUACAAUUCACUCCAAGAUUGGAUUUACACACAAAAACUACCACAUUUGAGUCACAGUCUGGGAAUGGUAGGAAGUGUGUGCAGGUGUCACCAAAUGUAACAAUGUUAACUCCUGAGAUUGACAAAGAACUUACAACACAUAACCGCAAGCCUACAUAUAGGCUCCAAUGCCCCAAGGCAGGUCUUUUCCAGUGCAGUUCCACUGGACUGGUGUUUCUCAUGGAAGGGAAGGGAGAUAUGAUUUACAUGAUGACUCAAUGGGACAGCAGCCUCCUGGGCUCCAUGACACCAGCAGGACCCCUAUUCAGCAUUGACUGUCCUCAGCAGUGUGUCCGCCAACUGCAUCUCCCACACUGUAUGUGUGAUGAGAAGGAUGACAAUUUGUCCGUGGCCCAUGUUACUGAUGGCAACAUGGAGAUUGUUCAGCCACUCAAGACGACUGCUACACACGUGAUUGUAACCAUCACACACCUCUCCCUCUUUGGCCUCAUCAGAAAUUGGUUCUCCUUCCUCCCAGUCCGAAGCCAGGUGCUGCUGUUCUUCCGACCACAAUGGAACAGACCCCAGAAGCGCAUACUGAAUGUUAUGUUGUUGCCCAAGAAUGUGCCACUUUGUGAGGUAGAACAUCAACAGAAAGGGAGUACUUUCAUUCAAUCCAGCUCCAAGUGCACAUUGACUCCUAGAGGAAAAUAUGGUCUCUGCUGUAAGCUGGUGGCAAAUUCUAGCACAAAGACAAAAAGUGGACAGUUUGACUAUGACUAUAGCCCAAACUUCCACCCCACAUUUCAGGUGUUUUUAGACUGCAUGUCGGGUGCAGAGAACAUCAGACUGAGUCUUUUAGACAGAGGAAGUAACGACCAAAGAGUGUGGGAGUGUCUAAUUCCAAAAGAUUUCGAACCACCUCAAGUCAAUCCGAUCAACCCUAAUCCUGGUGCUGAGCCUGAACUGAACCAGCUCUCAGGUGAAGCAUUUGUUGAUGAACAUAUGGCUGAUCUCAUUCAGAGGGUCAUGAUGGCGCUGCCUGUAGCAGAUUACCUGUUAACAGAGAACAUGAUCCAACAGGAAAUGUACACAAUAAUCUGCAGUAAAUCUACUAGUCAGGAGCAAAUGAGACUGGUUUUUGAUGCUACACGAAAAGGAGGAAGAAGAGUGAAAUCUGCCUUGUACACUUCUCUCCAAAUCCAUGAACCUCGUCUUGUCCAGGACCUGGGUAAGAUCAAACUCCUCUGAUCCCCGUAGCUCAGUUGGUAGAACAUGGUGCUUGCAACAACAGGUUAGUGGGUUAAAUUCCCAGGAGCACCCAUACGUAAUAAUAUAUGCACGUGUGACUGUAAGUCCCUUUGGAUAUGAGCGUUUGCUAAAUGUCCUAUAUUACCUUCGUUUUUGCUCUCACACUAUGUGUGCCUGAAUCAUGCAGAGACUUUAGAAUGGCCCAUGUAACUUACAAAGGUUCCCAAAAUAACCCUAAUAUUUCAUUUAGACGGCCCGCAAUUAUGGCUUGUACAGACAGAAUACAGUAUUUGUCUGUCCGUCAAAAGUUGAACUAAUUUCAGCGUGUUUGGAGUAUUGCAGCAUUCUUAAUUAUUUUGUUGCAUAACAAUCACUGCCCUCUUAUAGACAUAAUACAAUACAUUUAAAGAUCAGUUACCAGAUAAUUCCUGCUACAAUACUGUAGGGUAUUGUUGCAGAGUUCAGUGCAGUGGGUUUGAUUCCCAGGAGCACCUAUUCGUAAAAAUAUAUUCAUAAAUAUAUAUAUAGUCCCUUUGCAUAAAAGUGUCUGAUAAAUGUCAUAUAUUUUAUUAUUAUUGCUCUCCCACUAUGAGUACCUGAAACAUGGAGGGACAUUAGAAUGGCCCCUGUAAAUUGCAACGCUUCCCAAAAUAACCAUAAUAUUUCAAAUAGACGGCCCGCACUUAGGGCAGACAGAAUACAUUUUGUGGACGGAGAGUAUAUUGUUCCUAUAGUGUGUAUUCGCAUAGUAUUUAUUUGUGUGUGUGUGUAUUCAGUGUGUAUUCCCAUUGUGUGUAUUCUUAUGUAUUUUGAUGGGAAGUAUGUACAUUUACAGUAACAUUUCUAAUCCCAUUCUUCUACCAAUGGCAGCAGCAGCUUCCCGCUGAUGAAUGUGAUCGCUUGGGUUGGUCCUCCGCUGGACAAAGGGCAGCAAGCGGUCCCUCUUCCAGAGCAGGAUGUCACAAUAAUACAGUCACUAUGCUCUUAAUCUGCAUUGGAGUGUUGGGCGAUAUGACUGACAGCAGAAAGUCUAUGAUGAUUUAAAGUGAAAGCUUCUUGUGAAAUCUAUAGUCUGUUAUAGUAGUUUGUUAGACUGGAAAUCCAGUGUGUUUGUGCGAACAUUCCAAUCUUUGCCACUUCAUGUCAUGCCAAACAGUCUUUUAAAUUAUGCUAAUUUGUAUUUGGGUUACAUUGAGAAACAGUCUAUUUUCAAUCCUCUCAAAAAUAUUUUCUUGCCUAACAUCAUUAUUUGGAAACGGUAUAUUGAUGAUAUUUUUGUUCUAUGGAGGGGUGAUGCAAAACAGCUCCAGGCAUUUUAUGCUUUUCUUAACUCCUGUUCUGAACAUCUGAGAUUUACUAUGCAAUCUGAUACACGUCAAAUCAGUUUUCUUGAUCUUCUGAGAAGAUAAUGUUCUAUACACUAAUCUUUACAGGAAACCUACUGAUCGUAACAGUUUGUUGAGGGCUGACAGUUGUCACCCACUUCCCUUGAAAAAUAGUUAUCCCUACAGCCAAUUCUGUCGAAUCAAAAGAAUUUGCAAAAAACUAUCAAAUUACAACAGAAAUAUGGCUGAGAUGCAAAGAAAAUUCAAGGAUAGGGGGUCCAAAAAUGAUCAGAUUAAUACUGCCAUUGAGAAAAUUCAAAAGAAAAUGAGACAUGACCUUUUGUCAAGAUCAGUCUCGUAAAAAUAAGCAUUCUUGCGCUCUAACUACCCGCUAUUCAAAGUGCUCUGAACAAGUUAUGGGAAUCGUUCACAAACAUUGGCACAUUCUUAAAUCUGAUGAUAGUCUCGGUAAUGUGUUUUCGGACCUUCCCUUGGUCGUAUUCUCGCGGGGCAGAAAUCUCAGAGACCAAUUGGUACCCUCUGAUUUACCACCCCAAGAUAUUCCUGAACAAUGUCUAUUUGCGCCCCUAUUGGAUGGAAAUUACAUGUGUAAUGGCUGUGCUCAAUGCAAUGGUGAUCCUUCAAACACCCACAAACAGGGAAAUCGAUCCCAAUCAAAGGUGUUAUUACGUGCUCCACUAAGGCAGUUAUUUAUCUUAUAACUUGUCCUUGUGGUAAAAAUUAUGUGGGUAAAACAAAGUGUGAAUUAAUAGUACGUAUAUCAGAGCAGCGUAGCACCAUUAGGUCCAAAAACUCGACUUACCCAGAUGCGGCCCACUUUUUGGAAGCAAACCACUCGAUUUCAUCUCUGCGUUAUAUUGGCAUCGAACAUGUGAGGGGGUGACCUCGAUAAUUUAUUGUUAAAAUGAGAGGCUGCCUGGAUUUUUUAUUUAAAGACCCUUGCUCCCUUCGGUCUCAACGUAGACUUUGAUCUGAAGCCAUUCUUGUGAUUAUUGUGACUUUUCCAUUGUAAUUGUUUGUAGGCUUAUGUAGUCUAAAUUGAAUCUAUGAUCGUAUGCUAUUCAUUUGUUUUUUGUAAUGUUCUUUGUAUGUCAUUUUAAUAUUUGAGAAUUAACCAAUGAUAUUAGGCCAUACUUGGCCAUGAUUACAGACACCUGUGUGUGUGUGUGUGUGUGUGUGUGUGUGUCUUUUGAAUCUAUAUAAACGAGUCAUCCUGCAGUGUUUGUGAUUAUACCCUGAUGAAGACAGCUUGCCUGUCGAAACGUUGAACAUUACAUUUUUGCAUCUGAGCUCUUAGAGUGUGCGGCUCUCCUUUAUUUUCAAGUUUUCCACUCCGCAAGCCAGCAUCUCGCCUAAAUAGGUGUGCGUUUCUUUUUCCUCUAGAUUAUGCCAAACAGUCUGGCAUGACAAUAAUCAAUCAAAAUCAGAAAUAAGUUUAUUCGUCACGUGCACAGGAUACACUGUGUGAGUGUGUGUGCAUGUAAAUGAAUGGAUGUGGGUUUGCGUGAGUCUGUGUGGGUGGGAAUGUCUGGAGUGGUGUGCGUAGACAGCCAGUGAUUGCAGGUAGACAGUCAUUGAUAAGCUGUUCAGCAGUUUUAAUGCUUCAGAGUUCGCCCCCAGUGAUGAACGGUGCAGCCUUCACCACCCUCUGUAGAGCCUUGUUGUGGAGAGGGGUGCAGCUGCCGUACCAGGCGGUGAUACAGCCAGUCAGUAUGCAGCUCAAUGGUACAUCUGUAGAAACUGGUGGCAAGUCUUUUCAGCCACCUGAGGAAGAACAGGCGCUGGCGUGCCUUCUUGAUAAAUGCACCAAUGAGUGGAAUGUUACCACAAACACACCAGAUUUCUGCAUGCUAGUAGUGUGUCCUAGUAUUUACAAUCAUUUGUUACCAUGUUCAUUUUUAAAUGUAUUUUGUCUUUGUAAUACGAUUAUUUCUUUGUAAUAGGGUGGUGCAUUUCCUAAUUUCUCUCAUUUACUUAUAUUAAUGUAGUGAAUAUAUAUUACUGUUUUAAUGUUGAAAUGUUGACAUUUAACACCAUUCAGUUUCUACAAAUGUGUUGAACCAGAAGGGUGCAGAGUCAUGUUAUUAAUAGUCAGAUUGUAUGUUUCUGACUGACUACUCUGUACUCUGGUAGUACUGUAGCCUACACAGGUCCAUCCACCACAGAGAUAGAAGGAAAAUAAAUAUCCCAGAGGAAAAACUUUAACCUUGUGAUGGUCCAAUUGUUGCUGUUUACCAACGUUUCCAUUCUAUUUCUCUGGAAUGUUGCCUUACUCUACUUUUGGAAUAGCAAGCCUCUAUUGAAACGGUGUAGUCAGAACAUUAUAUGCAAUUUUGAGUUUAUGUAUUUUUGUAUUUUUCAGUUUAAUUAAUUGGUCUGAAUUUUCAUAUCUCAUCAAAAAGUCCUUUAUUACUCAGAUACUUACUAAGUUUGUCUGCUUUUGAAUGGAAGCAUAUUAUUUGAGCUACUACAGUUUAUUAAUCAUGUGUUGGUUUAUUUUUCAUUCAUUCAAAGCAUUCAGGUGACUAUUGUUUAUGCUUGAAUUAUUGAUUAAUCCUUUUAUACAUCCUUUUAUGCAGAAAUAAUAGCUGGAUGUGUUUCUUUCCAAUUGACCAUUUAACCAAAAUAUGUCAAUGUGAUGUUGUUAUAACCUAAUAGUUAUGUUUAGUCAUUUUGUAACUUGUUGAUUAUUGUUAUGUCCGUUGUGGGGGAAAGAGGAUGUUUGAAAAUCAUGUCCUGCUAUGGGUUUAUUCCUCAAUAAAUAAUGACUAUAAAUA